UCCUCCUUCCUUCAAACUGCAUCACUCAGGAGUCUGCAAAUUCCCCAACAUAGGAGAAAAAAAUGACCUCAUUCAAGGAGGCAGUGACCUUCAAGGACGUGGCUGUGUUCUUCACUUAGGAGGAGCUGGAGUUGAUGGACCCUGCCCAGAGGAAGCUCUGCCGAGAUGUGAUGCUGGAGAACUUCAGGAGUUCCCUUGACAUGAUUGGCUUUCUGUGUGUGCAGUUGACCCAUAUCCCGUGGAAACUUCCAGGCAUUGUUUUCAUGACCACACUGAGAAACAUGCCUUCCCUGGGGCUGACCCUGGAGCUUUCCUUAAGGACCAUGUUUAUGUCUAUAUUAAACACUCUGAGGUGUUUGAUGUUUGGCAUUGUGAAGAGUUCAGCCAACUUUAGAGGUAGGAUUCAAACUGAGACAGCGACUGUUCCAGAAGCAAGAACACAUGAAGAAUUUUCCUGCCAGAAAAUUUGGGAACAAAUUGCAAGUGACUUAACCAAGCCUCAAGAUUCCACCAUAAAUAACUCUCAGUUAUUUGAACAAGAUGACAGCCCCUCCCAGAUUGAGGCAAGACUAUCUACAGUUCACACAAGAGAAAAACGUCAGGGUGGAAAGUGUAAACAAUCCUUUAGUGAUGUUUCCAUCUUUGAUCUUCCUCAGCAGUUAGGAGAGAAGUCUCAUACAUGUGAUGAGUGUGGAAAAAGCUUCUGUUACAUCUCAGCCCUUCGUAUUCAUCAGAGGGUCCACAUGGGAGAGAAAUGCUAUAAGUGUGAUGUGUGUGGUAAGGAAUUCAGUCAGAGUUUACAUCUGCAAACUCAUCAAAGGGUCCACACUGGAGAGAAACCAUUCAAAUGUGAGCAAUGUGGGAAAGGUUUCAGAUGUAGAUCAGCACUUAAAGUUCACUGCAAAUUACACAUAAGAGAGAAACCUUUUAAUUGUGAAAAAUGUGGGAAGGCCUUCAUGCACAAUUUCCAGCUUCAGAAACAUCAAAGAAUUCAUACUGGGGAGAAGCCAUUCAAAUGUGAAAUAUGUGGUAAGAGCUUCUGUCUUAGGUCAAGUCUUAAUAGGCAUUGCAUGGUCCACACAGCAGAGAAACUGUACAAAUCUGAGGAGUAUGGAAAAGGUUUCAUUGAUAGGCUAGAUUUGCAUAAGCAUCAGAUGAUUCACAGAGGACAGAAACCAUACCAUUGUAAAGAAUGUGGGAAGAGCUUCAAAUGGUCGUCAUACCUUUUGGUCCAUCAACGAGUCCACACUGGAGAAAAGCCAUACAAAUGUUAGGAGUGUGGGAAGGGCUACAUUAGUAAGUCAGGUCUUGACUUCCACCACAGAAGCCACAUGGGAGAGAGAUCUUAUAAUUGUGAUGACUGUGAGAAGAGCUUUAGACAUACUUCUAGUAUUUUGAAUCAUAAGAAACUCCACUGCCAAAGAAAACCAUUGAAAUGUGAGGACUGUGGAAAGAGGCUUGUACACCAGUCACACUGUAAAGACCAACAGAAAGACCACAGUGGAGGAAACCCAUCCAAAUGUGAGGACUGUGGGAAGCGCUACAAGGAGCGCUUGAAUCUGGAUAUAAUUUUAUCAUUAUUUUUAAAUGACAUAUAAGUUAUACGUAUUUAUGGAGUACAGUGUGAACUUUGAUACACAGAUAUAAUGUGUGCUGGUUAAAUCAAUUUGUGUAUCAUCCGAAACAUUUAUGAUUGGUGUUAGGAAAAUUCAGAAUCUGUUUUUUUGGAUUUGAAAACAAGUUAUUGUUGAUUAUAGUCAUCUUUAGUGCUGUAGAACAUUAGAAGUGAAAUUGUGAGGGGUUUUGAAUAGAGUUACAGGAUCAACAGCCAGGGUGCCAGAGAGAGGAAACGAGAAGGAGAGAGGGAUUUUUCUUGGGACUUGAACCCAAACCAACUUAGUCCAGGGGAGGGUUACAGUCCAUCCCACUGCUUGCUAGGUUGAUCAGGCCUGCAUAGUCAACCUUUUUGAUCCAUCCUGCAUGGAUGUCUAUUCAGGUAACUCAGACCAAUAGGAGGGAAACUGUACCACCCAUUCCUCAUGAAUGUCUAUCCAGGCAUCACAAGCCAGUAAGGAUUAGGAAAGGAGAGGCAAAGCAUCCUGAGUGAGAAAAAAAGAUAGGAAGAGGAAAGGAAGAAGACAAAAUGGAAGGGAUUGGCUGGGCAUGGUGGCUCAUGCCUGUAAUCCCAGCACCUUGA